CAGCUACAGUCAGCAGUGAUUAUUCAGGUUACAGCCUUCCUGGUUCCUGUUUCCGCCUCAGCUUUUCGCUACAUUUUAUACAAUAUUAACAAAGCGUCUGUGAAGAUCGCGUCGGACAUUGAGGGGAACUCCGGUGUGCGGACUGAAGGGAACAGGCACGGGAGGGGGCCCCAACGAGGACAGCGGGAAGAGCAGCGGCAGGACGACACCUGAAGGCCGGCGGGAAAACGCGCUGAGGACGGCGACCAUGAGGCAGCAGCCGGCAGCCGCCCUGCAAAUCGUCAUUUGACAAGGAGCAGGCGCGGCUCGCACCAGGAGAGGAUCCCCCUCCCCCAUUAAUCUAAUCGGCCCCCGUGGCGGCGAGGAUGCCCCUGGGUCCUCUCGUGUGAAGGCACAGCCACCGGGUCACACACGCCCCCGGCCCCUCCCCACCCCAGCGGGGCAAAGAUGCGCCCAUGGACGGGUUCCUGGCGCUGGAUCACGCUGGUGCUGCUGGCCUGGGGCACCCUGCUUUUCUACAUCGGGGGCCACCUGGUCCGCGACAGCGAGCACCCCGAACGCUCCAGCCGCGAGCUCUCCAAGAUCCUGGCCAAGCUGGAGCGCCUCAAGCAGCAGAACGAGGACCUGCGGCGCAUGGCCGAGUCCCUCAGGAUACCUGAGGGCCAAGCUGAGGCAGGGCCCAUGGCAGCUAGCCGCCUCCACACCCUGGAGGACCAGCUGAUCCGAGCUAAGGAGAAGAUCAGCAACUUCCAGAGGGUUUCCACAGAUGGUAAGGAGGAGCUCGAUACACCCGGGCAGGGGAAGGAAGCAGAACUGCGGAGGAGUGGAGGAGAAGGAGUAAGAGGAACCGAGCGGCUGGAACAUAUGUCAGGGCCCGGGAAGAGCCAGGAGGUGCUCCGUCGGAAGACUGAGAACGGCGUGAGGGAGUUCUGGUACUUCAUACGCAGCGAAGUGAAGAAGCUGAGCAGCCUCAAUGCGGCGGACCUACAGAGACACACUGACUUGCUGCUGCAGGACUUAGGUCACCACCAGAGGUCCAUCAUGAUGGACCUCUACUACCUCAGCCAAGCGGACGGCGCUGGGGACUGGCGGGAUAAGGAGGCCAAGGACCUGUCCAGCCUGGUGCAGAACCGGAUCACUUACCUGCAGAACCCGCAGGACUGCAGCAAAGCUCGCAAGCUGGUCUGCAACAUCAACAAGGGCUGCGGCUAUGGCUGCCAGCUGCACCACGUGGUCUACUGCUUCAUGAUCGCCUACGGCACGCGGCGCACCCUCAUCCUGGAGUCGCAGAACUGGCGCUACGCCACCGGCGGCUGGGAGACCGUGUUUCGGCCCGUCAGCGACACCUGCACGGACCGUACUGGCACCUCCACGGGCCAUUGGUCUGGCGAAGAUAACGACCGGAACGUGCAGGUGAUAGAGCUGCCCAUCGUGGACAGCCUGCACCCACGGCCCCCCUACCUGCCCCUGGCCAUCCCCGAGGACCUGGCCGACCGGCUGCACCGUCUCCACGGCGACCCAUCCGUUUGGUGGGUCUCACAGUUUGUCAGAUACCUGAUCCGGCCUCAGGCCUGGCUGGAGAAAGAGAUUCGGGAGGCUACCAGGAAGCUGGGCUUCAAGCAUCCCAUCGUCGGAGUACACGUACGCCGCACAGACAAGGUGGGCACAGAGGCGGCGUUCCAUCCCAUCGAGGAGUACAUGGUGCACGUGGAGGAGCAGUUUGAGCACCUGGCCCGGCGGAUGCGUGUGGACAGGAAGCGUGUGUAUCUGGCCACAGACGACCCCUCCCUGCUGCAGGAAGCCAGGAGCAAAUACCAGGACUACGAGUUCAUCAGCGACAACUCCAUCUCCUGGUCUGCUGGGCUGCCCAACCGCUACACAGAGAACUCGCUGAGGGGCGUGAUCCUCGACAUCCACUUCCUGUCCCAGACCGACUUCCUGGUCUGCACCUUCUCAUCCCAGGUGUGCCGCGUGGCCUACGAGAUCAUGCAGACCCUCCAUCCGGAUGCCUCCUCCUACUUCUACUCGCUCGACGACAUCUACUACUUCGGAGGCCAGAACGCACACAACCAGAUAGCCAUAUACCCGCACGAGCCGCGUGGCGCCGAGGACGUCCCGCUGCGGCCCGGCGACGUCAUUGGUGUGGCCGGCAACCACUGGGACGGCUACUCCAAGGGCCUCAACCGCAAGAUAGGCCGCACGGGCCUGUACCCCUCCUACAAGGUGAAGGAGAAGAUUGAGACAGUGAAGUACCCCACGUACCCCGAGGCAGACAAACUGCUCCACCUCUAAUGGGGGCGGGGCCACGCUACAGCCUGCACGCUCGCACGGGGGGACAAGAGACCGCUGCAUCUUGAACUGAACGGACAGGAUGUUACAGCGGUUUUGUGCGGGGAUGAGGGGGGGGGGUGUUCCUGACCCCAGCACACAGCAGCCCCUGACCAAGAUCCCUCCUCCAGCAACAUCAGGGUUAUGAACAAAAGGGAAGGACUAAACAUCUGGCCAGACCAGCCAAUCUCAUGAAGGAAUUGCUCUCCCAAGGAAAGUAGGAUGGACUUUAGAUCCAUUUAGAGAACUGAGCAGGAAGGAAUGUUAUUUAUUUGUGUGUGUGUGUGUGUGUGUGUGUGUGUGUGUGUGUGUGUGUGUGUGUGUGUGUGUGUGUGUGUGUGUGUGUGCGCGCGCACGUGGAUGUUAUUUUAAUAUCCUCCUGCACUGAUCUUUUCUGACCACUCGUGCUCAUUGACUGUAACUUACUCUUGUCAAACUUCCUGACCCCCCCUAACCCCCCCAUCUCGCUCCUCCAAACAGGGAAGUUCUGCUGUUCACUCCAAGCCUCCAUGCCCUCGCUACUUAUAUUCACAAAUGUCACAUGGCGCUGUUCCCCCUUAACUUCAUGUGUCUGAGUGCGUGUGCAUGUGCUGGGGGGGGGGUUUACACACGGGUUUAAAAGCAGGGUCCCCACGAAGGAAAUGGCUUCUUUCUUCCUUCUCUCUGUUGCACUCUUAUCCUCUCUGAGGGCGACAGGGGCCUCCAGGCCCCCGGACUAAUGCAGGCAUCACAGACUACGCCCCCUUCUGGGCACAAUGAACAAAGCACUCAAAUGUCCUGCCAGCCCCUCGUCUGUUUAUCUAAAUGUCUCCUCGUUUGUUUUUUUUUUUUAACUUUUUAACAUAUAGAAACAGCAAAGGCAGCCAAAUGAAAAGUGGUAGUAAUGUUAAUAAGGACGCUGAUCCUCUCUGUCGCCAUACUGUACUCUGGUGCAUCCUGGAGGGAUUUUCUGUUUCUGGGCGUCGUCUUUGAUAAACACAGAUGAAAUAAAUCUGAAACCCACCA